AUGGUAAAUCCACGAGUUUUUUUCGAUUUCGCUGUAGAGAGUGAGUCUAUUGGGAGAGUCGUCUUUGAACUCUUUUCCAACAUUGUCCCAAGGACGUGCGAGAACUUCCGUGCCCUCGCCACCGGGGAGAGAGGUGUACUACCCGUUUCCCAAAUCCCACUUUCUUAUAAAGGGAGCAUCAUUCACCGCUCUGUCCCUGGUUUUAUGAUUCAAGGGGGAGAUUUCGUAAAGAAGAACGGCAGUGGAGGGGUAUCCAUCUAUGGCGGAACAUUCGAGGAUGAGAAUUUAGACCUGGAUGUUGAUCGCGAAGGGCUGCUUGUUAUGGCAAACAAAGGCCCCAGCACGAAUGGCUCGCAGUUCUUCAUCACUCUUCGCUCUUGUCCGCAUUUGAAUGGAAAGCAUGUUGUAUUCGGUCGCGUUGUUACAGGCUAUGAAAUUGUGAAGAAGAUUGCUGAGAUACCUACUGACGCAAAAGAUCGACCGCUCCGCCCUAUAAUCAUUUCCGGGGCCGGAGAGCUUGUCCUCCGCAAGAAGGUAGCGCCUCCUGAAAAUAUUAAUCUUGUCGGUUCGUCCAGAUCAAAGAAACGUCCCCGUUCCCAUUCGCCCGCAAUCUCGCCGCCGCAUUCUCGGUCUCGCUCAACGUCGCAUUCUCCAUCACCUUCGCCACGGAAGGAUGAGGGCGAUGGGCGUCAAGCCAGAUGUGCGGACUCCGGUCAUUCCCUCUCACGAUCACCAUCUUGGGAACGGCGCAAGGAGCCAAGUAGACGUGAGAGGGCCCCGAAGACGACCAAGUGGAAUGGCGACCCAUUUAGAAAUAAUGGCACAAAAUCGAAGGGUACGGGACUACCAGGCAGGUCAUCCAAGACCCAACUCGCAGAGACGGAGGCAGAGCUUGAUGCCCGGAUUAGACUAGAGAGGGAAGAGAUGGAGAGGGUAGCGGAAGCGAAGAAGAAAGACGCCGAAGUCUUGCGCGAUUCGUUGAAGCGUUCACGGAUCCAGGAAAGCUUGGGCGGUGUGAGGUUCAAAGGGCGAGGCACCAUGCGAUACAGAGACCCGGAGCUCUUCAGGCGGUGA